CCCCCUGCUAUAUAAGGGGGGCUCCACAGUUUCCUUCACCAGGUGAAAGGAGGAAACAUUCACAACCAAGCCACACCUGAGCAACUCACCAGCAGAAAUGGCUCCAGGGUCCUGGCUCUCUCCUCUGGCCAUUGCCGUGAUCACCCUGGGCCUGCAGUGGCCACAGCCAGCUGCCACCUUCCCGGCCAUGCCCCUCUCCAGCCUGUUUGCCAACGCUGUGCUGAGGGCUCAGCACCUUCACCUCCUGGCUGCCGAGACCUACAAGGAGUUUGAACGCAGCUACAUCCCAGAGGACCAAAGGCACACCAACAAAAACUCCCAGGUAGCCUAUUGCUACUCGGAAACCAUCCCUGCUCCCACAGGGAAGGAGGAUGCCCAGCAGAAAUCGGACAUGGAGCUUCUCCGGUUUUCCCUGGUUCUCAUCCAGUCCUGGCUGACCCCGGUGCAGUACCUGAGCAAGGUGUUCACAAACAACCUGGUUUUUGGCACCUCAGACAGGGUGUAUGAAAAGCUAAAGGACCUGGAAGAAGGGAUCCAAGCUCUGAUGAGGGAGCUGGAGGAGCAGGGCCCGCGGGGCGCGCAGGUGCUCAGACCCACCUACGAGAAAUUCGAGCUCCACCUGCGCGGCGAGGACGCGCUGCUCAAGAACUACGGGCUGCUGGCGUGCUUCAAAAAGGACCUGCACAAGGUGGAGACCUACCUGAAGGUGAUGAGGUGCCGGCGCUACGGGGAGGGGAACUGCGCCCUCUGAGCCCGCCCCGCUCUGGCGAGAGAAAACUGGAGAAUAAAACCCGCUACUGCCCA